AUGGCCGCCCAUUCUGAGCACCCGCCGUCACCGGCGGAACCGCAACCGCAAGCACCGCUCGCCCCCACCACCAUACGCGACCUCUCCGACGACCUCCUGCGCGAGAUCCUCCUCCGCCUCCCGUCCCUCCCUUCGCUCGUCCGCGCCGCCCUCACCUGCCACGCCUUCCUCGCCGCCGUCCGCUCCUCCCCCGCCUUCCGCCGCCGUUUCCGCGCGCUGCACCCGGCCCCUCUCCUCGGCUUCUUCUUCGACCCCGACGGCAAUGAAAAUCCCACCUUCACGCCCAUCCGCCGCGGCUCCGACCGGGACCACGCGGCCGCCGUCCGCGGCCUCGAUGCCUUCCUCACCCGCGUCCCGCACCAGGACGACGACGACGUCUUCCCCGGAUGGCAGAUAAUGGAGUGCCGCGGCGGCUGCCUUCUCCUCCUCAACUGGAGAACCAAGCAGUUCGCCGCCUACAACCCCCUCACCGGGGCCUUGGAUCUCGUCCCCAAGCUGCCUGAUGAGAUCUCCAAAGGACACCGCGGCAAGUUCAUCUCCGGUGAUUUCUUCCUGGUCGUCCCCGACGACGAGGCUCCCGACAGGCGUUCGUUCCGCGUGGUCUCCUCCUGCCACGACAAGUCUCGGGUGCGCGUUGCCGUCUUCUCGUCGACCACCAGGAAGUGGCAGAUUCUCCCCUGGUCGGAGCCUGUGCCGACACAGCCGGCGAGUGGCAAGUACUGGCUUCUCUCGGGGAAUCAGGUGAAUGGGUUCCUGUGCUGGUCACACCAUAAGAAUGCCUACAAGGUGUUGCUGGACACUGCGACGCUGCAAUUCUCGUUCAUCGAUCUGCCGCAUGGCUUGAGUGGGCAAGGCCACCUCUACAGGACUGGGGAUACAAAGGAUGGGAAGCUCUGCAUCGUGGCCGCGAUCGAUUUCACACUCUUCGUUUGGUUCCGGACACCAGAUGUUGAUGGUGUUGACAAGUGGGUGCUUCAAAAUGUGUUGCAGAUGGAGGAAGAGGUUCUUGAGGCCACCGAGGGCGAACGGGAUGAACUUGAACAGCUUAAAGUGUUUGCAAUUCGGGACGGCAUUGUGUACAUGACGACAUUUGAGACAUUUAGAGAUGCUACUUUGCCUUGUUGGUACCUAUCCUUCUGCCUGGAAACAAGGAAGCUGGAAAAGCUCUUUUAUGUAAAAGCUGAUGGCCAUGCUCAUCCCUACUUCAUGCCAUGGCCUACUUCUUUAGUAGAAAUGGAGCAUCCUGCUGAAGUAGAAAGAGAAAAGUUGGUCAAUGACGACAACACAGAGAUUAUCACGACACUUGGCGCAAUCAAGAGAUCAGUGAAAGCUGUGUAG